AUGGGAAAACGCUCGAUUAAAGAGGUUAAAGAUACCGGACUAGAAAAGAAUGUGGAAGGAGAGACUAUAAAACGUAAAGAAAAGAAGACUAAGCACGAACACAAAAAGGAAAAGAAGGAAAAGAAUUCAGGCGAGAAAUCCGACAAGAAAAAGAAAGACAAGAAGGAGAAGAAAAGAAAGGAGAAAUCUGAAGAAGAGUCCACUUCUCAAGAGGGAGAAAACAAUGGUGAAGAAGAGAAGACUGCUUCAAAACAAAGUCCUUCUCAAUCCACGGCGAACGAGACUGCAUGUAAAGAAUAUGCAAAGAAGCAUGAAAUUAACUAUUUGGAUCCCGUUUCUAAAACUUCUCUGUUGCCAUUAUUGGAUUUCUCUGAACUUCCAAUUGAAGACAAUUUAAGAUUGGGAUUAAAGAACUUCAAGGAGCCUACUCCAAUUCAAGCAGCUUCAUGGCCUUAUUUGUUUUCUGGAAGAGAUGUUGUUGGUGUUGCUGAAACUGGUUCUGGUAAAACAGUCGCUUUUGGCAUUCCAGCUCUUCAGUAUCUUCAAAAUCUGCCCAAAGAAAAGCCAACGACACGUAUUUUGGUUGUCAGCCCAACUAGAGAGUUGGCUAUCCAAACGUAUGAAAAUAUCAAAGGCUUAACUUCCGAUACCUCUUUCAAAGUUGCUGUAGUUUACGGUGGUGCCCCAAAAAGCGAGCAAGUUCGUGCUGCUCGUGAUGCUAGUGUUGUCAUUGGUACCCCAGGUCGGUUGCUUGAUUUAAUCAACGACGGUGCUGUUGAUUGUUCGAAAGUGGGAUAUUUGGUCUUGGACGAGGCCGAUCGUAUGUUGGAUACAGGUUUCGAACAAGACAUUCGAAGCAUUAUAAGUCAAACACCGAAUCCUCUUAAGGGAGAAGCCCGUCAAACAGUCUUCUAUAGUGCUACUUGGCCUGACUCUGUUCGAUCACUUGCAGCCACUUUCUUGAAGGAUCCUGUUAAAAUUACUAUUGGUAGUGAAGAGUUGUCUGCUUCUCAAAAUAUCACUCAAAUAGUAGAAUUGUUGGAAGAUUCCAGAGACAAGGAAAGAACCUUAAUCAACGUCAUCUCCAAGACUCUUGCUUCCGCUGAUCAAGGAGAUAAAAUUUUGGUAUUUGUUUUGUACAAAAAGGAAGCUGCCCGUGUUGAAAGUACUUUGGCCAGAAGGUUCAAUGCUGUCGGAAUUCAUGGUGAUAUGUCUCAAGGCGCUCGUCUUCAAGCCCUUGAAAACUUCAAAACUAAUAAAUCACCUGUUUUGGUUGCUACCGAUGUUGCUGCUCGUGGUCUCGAUAUCCCCCAAGUGCAACUUGUGAUUAAUGUUACCUUCCCUUUGACAAUUGAGGAUUACAUCCACCGUAUUGGCCGUACAGGAAGAGCAAAUACCAAGGGUGUUUCUCAUACUUUUUUCACUCCCGAAGACAAGUCUCAUGCAGGUGAGCUUAUCAAUGUUCUGCGUCAAGCUAAACAGGAGGUUCCUGAGGGAUUAUAUAAGUAUGGCACCGCUGUAAAGCCCAAAGUGAACGCUUAUGGUUCUCGUGUGACAAAUGACGCUCCUAUGAAAGCAGCUACUAAAAUCACCUUUGAUUGA